AUGACGGCGGCGGGCGAUGUGCUGCACGCGCGUCUUGCCGACGCGUCGAUGCUCAUGGCGCUGCUCAAGGCAGUCAAUUUUGCAUCGUUUGCGACCGUGUCCAUCUCGGCAUCCGGCCUGGAAGUUGUCUCGGAAAUGAACCAGACCGUGCAGGCGCACGCGUACCUCUACGCAUCGAUCUUUGACGAGUACACCUUUACUCCCCCGGAGAACUGGCACGAAUUCGGGCGUACGCAGGAAGAGAGCGACGAGGAGGAGGACACGCAGCCGUACAUCUGCUUCGAAGUGAAUGCGUCGACCAUUGUCCAGUGCCUUGGCCUGUUUGAGAGCAGGAUGGGCAACGCGACCUCGCGCGAGGGCCUUGCGGACGUCGCGCGCCGGCGGGGGGAGUAUGUAGAGAUUGUCUACCGCGCAGUUGGUGAGCCGUUGUGCCUGCGCAUGCACACGGGGCGCCUCGAGAUGGGAUUCCGGCUGCGCACCCUCGACUCGAGCCUCACGCCGAGCCUGCAGUUUUCGCCCGACGACACGGUGGCCCAGGUCAUUAUGAAGUCCGAAUGGCUCUCGCGCGCGUUUCAGGAGCUGGACGCAGGCGGCGAGACGCGCGUCCAGGUCCGUUUCACGCCCAGCAAUCCUGCGCGUAGCGGCCAAGGCACGCUCUUGCUGAACACAGAAGGGAGCUAUGGAAGCACCGAGAUUUCAUUUUCGCACGAGAGCCAGGUGACGGAAAAGUUUGACUGUGUCGCAGCGGCCGACCACGGUUACCCAUUGCAAUGCGUCGGGUACAUGCUGCAGGCGAGCAAGUCGUCGAUCAAAACGUCGCUGCGUGUCGAUGAGCAGGGAAUGCUGAGUGCCCAGUUCAUGAUCGCAAGCCACCGCGUGCCGGCUGCUGUGCCGCGCACCGCGCCACCCCUGUCGGUCGCGUCGUCGGGUCAUGCCUUUGUCGAGUUUUUGUGCUGUCCGCUGAGCGAAUAA